AUGGAGAGACUUUCGGCAAUCGCCAACCAUUUGCAAGCUAGUAGUGGAGCUUCGUCGAAGCGCCAAACAAGAGUCAUUUGCGCUGGAGCCGGUGCAUCUGGAAUAUGUAUGGUUCGAGAGUGGAAGAGAUCUGCAUCUCUGAAAGACAUUGAAUUACAGGUUUAUGAGAAAUCAUCAGCACCAGGAGGUACUUGGUACGAGACAAGAUACCCUGGCGCUGCCUGCGAUGUCCCGUCACAUUCGUAUUCAUUCACAUUUGCUCACAAUCCAAACUGGAGUCGCCCAUAUUGUGGCUGGCAAGAAAUUGGACAAUACUUUGAUCGCGUGGCAAGAGACGUUGGAGUCUAUGAACACACUCAAUUCAACACAUUUAUAACGUCACUGGAUUGGGAUGACGCGAAGGGCAUUUACUAUGUUUCCUGGACUGAAACGACACCACAGGGAGAACGUCAUGGUCGUGAUUGGUGUAAUUUCUUUAUAAAUGGCACUGGUGUUCUAAACUCACCAAAGUAUCCUACCGAGAUACGUGGAUAUGAAUCAUUCCUGGGUCCCAAGAUUCACACUGCAAGGUGGGAUGACAGUUAUGAUUUUCGGGACAAGAAGGUGAUGGUGAUUGGAACUGGGGCAUCAGCCAUUCAAUUAAUCCCUGCUCUGCUGGAAGACAAGUUCCAAGUGAAAAGCAUGACCAUAAUUCAACGCACACCUUCAUGGAUAAUGCCGUAUCGUCUGAAGGGUGUCUUUUCCGAAGAAGACAAGAAAAAGCAUGCACAAGAUCGAGCGUAUUCUGAAAGGUACCGACAAGAAAUGUAUGACUUCUUUGAGUUGGAAAUGGAUAUGUUUAUCAAAGGAUCUCAAAAGGCUCAAAAAGCCAUGAGUAUUGCAACUAAAAACAUGAAGAAGCAAGUAAAUGACGAAAAGCUUUUACAGAAGCUGCUUCCGACUUAUCCGGUGGGAGCGAGACGUUUAACUCCACACGACUCGUAUCUCGCAAAAAUACAAGAUCCUAGAGUCACGUUGGUGACUGAUGGAGUAAAGGAAAUCACCCCCACAGGAAUAACUACAGUCGAUGGCGUUCAUUACGAUGCGGAUGUCAUCUGCGUCGCCACUGGUUACAAUACGAACUUUGUUCCUCGCUUCAAAUGCACUGGAAAGAAUGGUGCCACUUUACAAGAUCUAUGGCAAGAUCAUGCCGAAGCCUACUAUGGGCUUGCUGUAGCCAAGUUUCCAAAUCUCUUCUUCUCUUUGGGACCCAGCUCGCCUGUUGGAACCAACAGUGCACUCCCGAUUAUAGAGAGAUUGAGCAAAUACUUUUGGCAGCUCAUUCUGAUUGCGCAUACAUACGAGUUGAGUACCUUCAUCAAAGCCAUUGAACCAAACGCAAAAUAUCAGCACGAAUGGUAUGUAAAGGGGCAAGAGUUCCUCAAAAAGACUAUUUGGACCUCUGAAGGAACCGGAGGCUGGUACAAGUUUAAGCAAGGUGACGUGAAGAUAUGGCCUGGAACUACCAAUGAAUAUUUCAGGGUGUUGCGAGAACCAAAUUGGCAGCACUUUGACGUUGUAUUCCAUGAUGGUACAAGCAACACCAGUCGACUUCCUGGAUCAAGCUACGAGUGGAAUGAUGAUGGCGGGACUAUGAAGUCGUCAGACCUUGAUCUUCACGUUACAAUGGACUUUGGUCUCAAGAUUCGAAAAGAUGCUUGGUUUAACGCGUCUGACGGACUCUCUUCAGGGAAACCGCUGACUUCAAACAGUGUAGAAGCUCAUCUACGUAAAUUCGCCUCAAAUGCUCUAGCUUCUGCAGUUAUCGCGCAACCUUCAACUCCGGAAUGUGCAGUUUGGACAUUGCAGGAUCUGGCUCUGCUUGCAUCCAAACUAUGUAACCCAGAUCGAGGAAUACUACAGCAGUUAGCUGAUACGUAUAAAGGGUCAGCUCCUCGUUUGAAUGCAAAGCAAUUGGUGACGGAUAUCGCUACUGGUGGUCUUAGAUGUUUUCAACCUCCACGUCAGACAACGUAUACACCAUCAGACCGCUUUAUAGAAUUUCUUUUAUCGGCUCCCAAGUCGCAUACAGCAGACCAUUUCCUCGAUGAGGGCAGUGACACAACUGGUCCUGGAUUAGAUAGUGAGUUUGGACUUUGGGCCGAGAAUCAGAUGCUGAUUAUACGGUUAUGGAAGAUGCUGUUUGAAGCAUGCCUUUUCGAGAUACCGCCAGCAUCAACAGAAAAGACACCAAGACCUUUCCGUGUCGCUCCAACCCUCUCUCGACCUUCGUUGCUACUUAGUCACGAGGAUGUGUUAACGAUUGAUUCAUCAUUGGCUCCAAACCACCGAAUAUCGACUGAAUGGCCACUCCUAUUCUCUACACAACGAGACGGCAAAUCAUGGACACUCUUUCAAAAUAGUAUACAGGAUGCAGGUGCAACUUUGCUGAUAAUACGUGAUAAACAAGGUUGUGUCUUUGGGGGAUUUGCCAGCGAAGCCUGGAAUCUCUCACCCAAAUUCUUUGGUGAUUCGUCAAGUUUUUUGUGUGGAUUGAGACCAAAGAUUGGCGUCUUUACUCCAACUGGGUAUAAUAAGAAUUAUCAGUAUUUCAAUCAUGGAACGUCAACUUUGACAAACGGGCUAGGCAUGGGAGGUCAAAUGGAUUAUUUCGCAUUGUACGUGAACUCAUCGUUUGAGACAGGGCACUCUAAAGCCAACCCAGUAUCCACAACAUUCAAUUCUCCAAGGCUUUCUGCAAGUGAGGAAUUCAAGAUUGACACAGUGGAAGUGUGGUUGGUAACUCGUAAAGAAGUCGACGAGAAUAUGAUGCCAGACAAGAAAUCGAUACUCGAUACUCAUCCAGAUGCUGCAAACAUGUUGGAAAUAGCUGGCAAACAUAUGUAUGGCAAGGAAGUUAGGGAUGUAAAUUUAGAAUGA